UCCGCCGCUGCGGCCACCUGACCGUCACGUGACGGCGCGGCCCGGGGGCGCCGGGCCGGGCCGGGCCGGGCGGCGGCGGCGGCGGCAGCAUGGGGCACCGCGACCGCAUGUUCAAGGUGCUGGUGGUGGGCGACGCCACGGUGGGGAAGACGUCGCUGGUGCAGCGCUACGCCAACGACAGCUUCAACCGGCACUACAAGUCCACGGUGGGAGUGGAUUUUGCUCUGAAGGUGGUGCAGUGGUCAGAAUCGGAGACGGUACGACUCCAGCUCUGGGACAUUGCAGGGCAGGAACGCUUCACGUCUAUGACCCGGCUGUACUACAGGGAGGCAUCAGCCUGCAUUAUCAUGUUCGAUGUCACCAACAUCAGCACGUUCAGCAACAGCCAAAAGUGGAAGCAGGAUUUGGACAGCAAACUCAUGCUGCCAGAUGGGAACCCUGUGCCUUGCCUACUGCUGGCUAAUAAAUGUGACCUUUCCCCAUGGGCAGUGACAAGAGAAGAAGUGGAUCGGUUCAGCAAAGAAAAUGGGUUUUCUGGUUGGGUGGAAACAUCUGUCAAGGAAAACAAGAAUAUUAAUGAGUCUAUGAGAGUCCUGAUUGAAAAGAUGAUGUCCUCAUCCACCAGCGAUGGAAGUUCCUCUGCUUCUGGGAGUGGGGAUUAUAUUAACAUAAAAGAGACAUCCUCACCGGGCUGGGCUUGCUGUUAGAUGCACUUACUACACCAUCUGCUCUGGGUCAAGCAGCAAUGUCCUUUUUUUAUUACUUUUAAACCAGCUCUUGCUGGUAUUUUUACAUGAUAAUGAACUGUCUCCUCUUCGGUGCACAUCGGCACUCAAUAGAGCAUUGCUGCAAUGAUUUUUGGGUGAGGAGUAGAAAGAGGAGAGGAAUGAGAAAAGGAUUCAUCUUCUAGUGUAGUGGCAACUGGAAGUUCUGCUGCUGUAAGGUGGCGCAGCCUGUGUUCAAGCACAUGGCUUGGAUUCAUGAUUUUUAAUUUGGAGCACUUCAUUGUCUCACAUGUGACUGCCUGUCUCGGGCAGGGGGGAGGAUGGGGAAGGUAUAUUUUAAUAGUGUUGUAUUUCUCACUCCCCAUUACGUGCAUACAGUAAACACACACGUGCCAUGCUGAAGUGUUACAGUGACCUUCUUUUGAUGCAUGCAAAGCUCAAGUGGUCUUUCUGUGCCUUCAGAUUCACAGUGUGGCAUUACAGCAAACUCUUUACUUCAUGCUCUGGAACUACAUACCUCUGCUUACAUGCCAUGGAGAGACCAAAACAUCUCAUCGUUGCCACUGACUGUCCUUAAAAUGCGCAGCCAAAUGCAGAUUAGCACAGUGCCCCAUGUUACUGGACCUGUAAAAUAAUCAGUAUAUGAAUUUCAAAAAUUGUAUAGCACAGCCCUCACUUACGUGGGUACUGGCUGCGGUGCUUGCAGCAGAGACCUCAGAUUUUUGUCAAGAAUCGUCCGGUUGCCUUACGUUCAUUUUUUCCUCAUUCAUUCUCUAGCACAAGCAUAUGUAUUCUGAUCUGCUGACACUUUAUUAGGGCACCAAGAGCUGAAUGAGGAAUAGGUUGUAAACUCCUUUGUAUGAUGGAACAACAGUCCUUUUCACUUUUAGAACACCCUGUAACCUGCAAUCUCAAAUAGCUUUGCAAUUGCUGAUGAAUUGCCUUCCCACAAUUAUUCUGUACUGGUGAGUGAAUUUGGUAGCAGGGAUGCUGCUGGAGAUACAGCUCUCUGAAAGCCCACCUGCUGAUUUUAGUGGUCCAAGGGGGAAGCAAAGGAGAAGACUUUGCGGGACAAAAGGAAGUGAAGAGAACCACUCCCCACUUGCCUUUUGGUGCCCGCUUUUUCCUAGCAUAUCCCCCAGGUAUUCGUUGUUUUUGAGAAUGGUUCUUGCCACCCCCUCCCCUCCAAACAAAAAAAAGUCAAAGCACAUUAGAUAAUUAUCUUAGAGUUAAUAGGAAACUCAGUCUAUAAGGCUGUGGUUAUAUAGUAUUGCAUGCGUUUUAUAUAAGCAUGCUAUGCUAUAGAAUUAUCUUACUCAUGUUUUAGGUUAAGAUUUAAACAAAUGCCCUUCAAUAAUGUUUUUACCUUCUCUAGUAGAUUAAAUAAGGAGUGUGUUGAGGGGUGGAAAUACUGAAUGACUUUUCCUAAGAGCUAAUCUGAAAACAGGACUAUAAAUUUAUUUGUCAAAAUUCAUCCUGAAUUAGGACUGCUCUUUGGCAAAGUUUCCUCUGUCUAUCUUUUCUUAUUCUAUAUAAUCUAUGGAGGGAGAGGGCAGUGAGAACAGGAACUGAUUACCUUCACUAAGUAUAAAAAAACUUCUGACUGUUUGUUCUCAGGAGCUGAAAAGCACUGAUACGUGAACAGUAAGUGCUAUGGAAUUUAGGCCUAGUGUUUUGUUCUGUUAUUUUUAUUAAAAGCUAAGAUAUCUGGGAUAGGAUUCUGUUAUGCAAAUAUUGUUGAAUUCAGUUUUAUAGACAAAUAUGCUUCUCCAUGAGCUUGGGUUCACUGUAAAAACCAUGUGAAAUGCUAUUGUGGAGAUAGUACCUGAGAACUUGGAAGUAGAACUUAUUAGCAACAAAAUGGAACUGUCCUGUUGAAUUUUACUUCCUAAAUAUGAUAUGAAAAAGGAAGGGUUUUUUAUCCUUUAUGGAACACAGGGAAAGGGUCUAAUUUUUAAAAAGGCCUAUAAUGAGAUUGUUAAGAUCCAUACAUUAUUUAUUGAAUUCUGUAUGUGCACCUCAAAAAGUUUGAGCAAAGAGUUCAAGUAUUAAAGCUGGCUUUACACAUGAGGAAACUGAGGCAAACAGCAGAAGGACUCUGCCCAGGACCAACUAUUCAAGUCAGUAAGAGCUUGGAACUAAUACAGAUUUUCUAAUACCUCUUUCAACAGCCUAGCCAUUAAGCCAUACGUAGGAAAACAUCUUUAUACUGUUUGUAUGUCAGUUUGCUAUGCAUCAGUGUCUCUCUGGUUUUUGGAUCUCUUAAUUUUGCAUAAGUGCCUCUCAGAUAUGAGCAAAAAGCCAAAAUAAGAUCUUUGAAUAUCUGUUUGUAUUAUAUAUAAUUUCUGUUCUGGCCAGUGGUUUCCGGUACUGAUGUAUACCUUGAGGUUUUUCUUCCACACAACUUACUGCUUGUUAAUAUCCUAAGAGACGCAGCAGACAAGUGUCAAAAACUAAGCCUACACAACAGAAAGAGUCGUUACUUGAGAUCUUUAUAAAAAACCGUCCAGACAGGAAAACGAUUUGACUGUGCAAAUGUGUUUUUUCAGAGUGCUCUCUGUGGCACGUAAGGUACUUGGGAAAAAAAAAUGCAGGUUUUCUGGCAACCUUGAUUUAGUCCUGUAAAACAAACUGUAAUUCAAAGGCCCCAUUUAAACAUGCUUUUUGCUGUGUUAGGCAGUAUUCAAAAAAUGGUUGCCUGUGAAAUUGAUUGUGUCCAGCUUGUGUUGGUUAUUUUAGUUUUUAAAACAACUGCAGGGAAAAAUCCAACCUGAGUGAAGCAAAAUUUCUAAGAAAUAUUUUAAUCAAACUUAAGCUUUGUUUGUGCAGACUGGUAAAAACUUGCUUCGUUUUCCUGAUUUUUCAGAAAAAAAUCAGAAGAGCCUUGUCUUUGUUCUGAUGAAUUUUGCCUAACUGGUGUCUUUGGUCGGAACGGCCUGUUUUGAAAUUGAAGGCACUUGAUUUUUCCCUUAAGCAGUGUCUAGUUUGAUUUCGUACUCUUUGCAUAAUGCUGGGCCAACUGUACCUAUUUCACUCUCUUCCACCUGUUGUUACUUAGUGCUAUAACUCUUUAAUUUAUGUAAUAGCUAGGAAUUUUUACUGCAAUAGAAUUUGAAAUCAUGAGGCAGACUAUAGUUCAAAAAUACCCAGUCAACAAUAUAAAAAUUUAGCUUUUCUUUUUAACCGCUUGCAGUUAUGCACAAGUAUUUUAGAGACAGGAUUCUGAUUACUGUAAAGUUGCAGUAUUAUCGUGUUUAAAGUUGCAGUAUUAUCGUGUUUAUAUAAAGAGAAGAAACUGAUGGGAGGAUUUCCCCAUAUCAAUCAGUAACUAAUGCAGUAUUGCAAAAGUUUGAAAUAAAAGUUUGACUUUGCUUGUUUA